GACGGCCCCAGCGAGUUGCCCCCACCCACCAUGCCCUCCUCCUCCUCGCCGCCCCCGCCGCCGCCGCCGGCGACCACCGCAACUCCACGCCGGCGCCGCCGCCGGCGGCUCCUCCCGUCGUCGGCAGGCGGCGGAGGCUCCUCCUCCUCCUUCUCCUCCACCAAUUCGUCGUCGUCGUCGCCAUUCGUCUCCUUCCUCCCGCCGCCCACGUCGCCGUCGCCGUUCCACCGCUUCCUCCCCUCCCCGCUCCGCGCCUCCUCCGUCCCAUUCUCGUGGGAGCACCGCCCCGGCAUCCCCAAGACGCCGGCGAGGUCAUCCCGCUCCUCCUCCAAGCAGCCGCCGCCCGGCGUCGUCGGCGGCGGGAAGCACUACCCCUCCGCGCCGCCGCUCCCGCUCCCGCCCUCGCUCCUCUCCAGGGCGGCCUCCGACCCCUACGCCUCCGCCGUCGUCCCCGCCGAGUACGCCGCCUCCGGCGCAAUGCCGCCGCAUCCGCCGCCGGGCUACUACUACCCCGCCGGGGCGAAGGCCGCCCGCCGUCUCCGGCUCCGGCGCCGCCGGCCGCGGCUCGCCGACGCCCUCGCCGAGUGGCUCUCCGUGCUCAGCCUCUACCGCUCCUGCAAGCGCGUCGCCGCCUGCUUCGCCGCCAAGGCCAAGCCGCCGCCGCCGGCGCCGGCGCCAUGAGAGCUCGCGCGCGUGCCAUCUCUCUCUACUACUCGUAUGAAAAACAAGCGGCAAUGAGCAGAAGAAUACAGCGAUCGAUCGAGUUCGUUCUUGGUUGCUAACUGGCAGGGGCGGAAAAACAGCUAGCUGGAAGGUCGUGGCUUGGAACGGCUCAAACUGGUGGUCAUAUAAUGAGUCGAACGGGGCCAUGUUUGGAUUUUUUAUCUCAUGAGCUUAUGAGCAGUUCAUCACGAGCUGCUUGUUUUUUUACUCCCUUCGUCCCUAAAUAUUUGACGUCGUUGGUUUUUUAAAAUAUGUUUAACCGUUCGUCUUAUUAAAAAUUAAAAUUUUAAGUAAUUAUUAAUUCUCUUUUU